AUGGAGGGAGACUCAGACUCCCAGGCCACCUCAAAUAGUAACGCUAUCAAGGUCCACCUAAAGACAUGGAUUGUCGUUCUUUGCAUCGGUUUCGCCUACUUCUCCCAGCUCACAGCCAUCAUUGGUGCAGGCUUCCUAGCUCAGCCAAUUGCUGCGCUCGUGGGCGGCGCCUCGCAGACCAUGUGGUUCAACCAGUCCAUUAACCUUCUCGGUAUUGCAAUCUGUCUGCCGGUGAGCCAGAUGGCCGAUUACUGGGGCAGAAGGCGGGUUCUCGUGGUGCUACUCGCCAUCGGCUUCGCAGGCACGAUGGUAGUUGCCCGAGCACAGAACGUCUCAACUGUGAUUGCCGGGUUUGUCUUGGUUGGCAUUAGUUAUGGCGCCACACCUCUCUUGUUCGCAGUGCCAUCGGAGAUUCUCCCUAGAAGUCAACGAUCCAUUGCUCAGUCAACCAUCAACCUUUCGGCUAGCGUUGGUGGGAUCCUUAGUCUGGUCAUGGGCGGAGUCCUGCUUCGACACAACAACCUCGAAAACUGCAGGGUGUUCUUCUACGUUGUAGCGGCCUUCUUUGCUCUCUCAUUCUUUGGAAUCCUGUUUUUCUAUUAUCCGCCUCCAAGAGAAGAACAAGUCUCGCUUACGUUGACGCAGAAGCUGGGAAAGCUCGACUGGAUCGGUUAUGCACUUUUCGCCCCUGGACUGACUUUAUUUUCUAUGGCUCUUUCAUGGUCAGAGAAUCCCUACCAAUGGUCUGACGUGCACAUCAUUGCUUCCUUCGUUCUGGGCAUGGUUUUGAUCAUCGGUUUUAUUCUCUAUGAGUGGCUAAUCAAAAAGGAUGGUAUCCUCAAUCACGCCGUUUUCACCCACCGCAAUAUAGUUAUCUCGCUCCUGGCUGUGUGGAUCGAUGGGGUUUCCUUCUAUACCGCCAACACUUAUUUCGCGCGGCAGUUCGGCAUGUUUACUGGAAACGACAUGCUAAUCUCAGGCAUCGCAUUUGGCAUGUUUUUCAUAUUUGGCGGAUCGGCCACCGUGAUCUUCGGUUGGGCAUCAACCAAGUACCGGAUUGUUCGCAUACCCGGUGUCGCCUGUUUGGCCCUGAUUGUCCUCUUCAACAUUGUUAUGGCGACCACUACACUCUCGACCCCUGAGGCAAACUACUGGGGCUACACGAUCUUUGCUGGUCUUGGUCUCGGAGGUGUCGUCCCAACUUUCAUGGUCGCUGCACAGUUAACGACGCCACCGGAAUUGAUAUCUCUGGUAUCCGGACUUGUCAGCGUCGCUAGACCAAUCGGCGGCGUGAUCGGCCUGGCCAUCAACAACGCUAUCUUUCACAAUAGCCUUUCCAUGGAGCUAGGAAAGAAAAUCACGGUAGCAGUUGUUCCUCUUGGCCUUUCUGCUUCGUCUCUCGAGGCCCUGAUUUCAGCUGUGGCAGGUGGCGACGAUGCGGCACUGUCCAAGAUCCCUGGUGCCACACCCGAUAUCAUCGCUGCAGCCCAAGAUGGUCUGAUGAAGGCCUACGGAAUUGCUUUCCGGAACUGCUGGAUUGCUGCCGCGUGUUUGUGCCUACCUGGCGUACUCAUCGCCCUUUUGGUUAAAGACCCUCGCUCGGAGUUUAAAGGACAUAUCGACGCCCCCGUUGAAGUUGAACUUGCAGAAGAGCAGAAGAGAGUACAGGCGCUUCAUGUGGAGAACGUAAAGGACGGAUUGCAAAAUUAA